CAGGGGGCGCGGCGGGUUCUCGCUCCUGUGAAGCAGCUGUCAUGGCGGCCUCCUGUGGGACGUUUCCCUCACGGUGAAGCUGAAGAGAACAGAUGAGUUUGUUUCUAAAUGAGGUGAACGCAGAACCACGUGACCAGGUAUGAGUGUGAUGUCAUCAGUGAUGCGGGGGGCCCGCCGGCUCGUCCGCGCUGACCCAGCUCUGCUCAGCAACUUCCCUUCUCUGCCCAUCCUCUGUCCCGCUGGAAGCUCCGCCUUCCCACUCACCUGUCAGCAGACCAGGAAGUACGCCUCCAAACAGGUCAAAGGUCAGAAGAAAGAUCCAAAGAACCAGAAGGUCAAAGUUAAAGUGGACAAACAGGAAGUUGAGAUCAAACAGAACAUGACGGUGGCGUCUCUCGCUGAGGCCAUGAACAAAGACUUUGAUCACGUCUUAGAGGCUCUACUGAACACCUCUGUGGAUCUGGACUCCCUGGAGCCGGACUCGGUUCUGGAGGAGAGGUGGAUCAAAGAGGUGGUGACACGAUCCGGAAUGAAGUUCAGAUGGGCCAAACUGAGUGAAACCAAAGAGAGACCCAACAGGGACGUCCACAGGAAACCUCCAGCAGACCCGUCUCUCUUGGCGCAACGCCCCCCGGUGGUCACCAUCAUGGGUCACGUAGAUCAUGGUAAGACCACCCUGCUGGACAGUUUGAGGAAGAGCCAAAUCGUCUCCACAGAGGCCGGCGGCAUCACUCAGCACAUCGGAGCCUUUCUAGUCCAGCUGCCGACGGGUGAAAAGAUCACCUUCCUGGACACUCCGGGUCACGCCGCCUUCUCCUCGAUGAGAGCCCGCGGCGCCAACGCCACCGACAUAGUGGUCCUGGUGGUGGCUGCCGACGAUGGUGUUAUGAACCAGACGGUGGAGUCCAUCCAGCACGCCCGGAGAGCCAAAGUUCCGAUUAUCGUGGCGGUGAAUAAGUGCGAUAAGCCUCAGGCCGACCCUCAGAGAGUCAAACAGGAGCUUUUGGCUCACGACGUCGUCUGUGAGGAGUUCGGAGGAGACGUUCAGGCGAUCCACGUCUCUGCUCUCAAGGGCGACAACCUGCUGUCUUUGGCCGAGGCCACGGUUGCGCUGGCGGAGGUUUUGGAGCUGAAGGCGGAGCCUACCGGUGCCGUGGAAGGCCUCAUCAUCGAAAGUCGCACCGACAAAGGGAGAGGUCCUGUAACUUCUGCCAUUGUCCAGCGCGGGACGUUGAGGCGCGGUUGCGUCCUGGUGGCGGGGAGGAGUUGGGCCAAAGUCCGCUACUUGUUUGAUGAGAACGGGCGAGCGGUGACCGAGGCCGGGCCGAGCGCGACGGUGCAGGUGGUGGGCUGGAAGGACCUGCCGUCUGCCGGAGAGGUCCUCCUGGAGGUGGAGUCGGAGCAGCGAGCGAGGGAGGUCGUGGAGUGGAGGACUUACGCCGAGGAGCAGGAGAAGCUGCAGGAGGAGCAGGGCGUCAUCGAGCUCAAGCAGAAGCUGCACCUGGAGGAGUACAGGAAGGAGAGGGAGGGGCUAACUCACCUGAGCUGGAGGCAGAGGAAGUCGGCCCUGUACCGAGCCAACAAGAACAAGUUUGCUGCGAGGCCGAGCGAGCGGACGCAGAGCGCCGAGCCGAGCCUGCCGCUCAUCAUCAAAGGAGAUGUGGACGGCUCGGUGGAGGCCAUUCUUAACCUGCUGGAGAGCUACGAGUCUCAGCAGCAGUGUCAGCUGGAGGUGCUUCACUUCGGCAUUGGAGACGUUUCAGAGAACGACGUCAACGUGGCCGAUGCCUUCUCAGGUUCCAUCUACGGCUUCAAUGUUGCAGCCAGCAGGUCCAUCCAGCAGCUGGCGGCGAAGCGAGGCGUCCCGCUGAGACUCCACUCCAUCAUCUACAAGCUGAUCGACGAGCUGAAGGAGGAGCUGAGCAGCAAACUGCCUCCUCUGCGCUCAGAGAACAUCGUGGGUGAAGCGACGGUGCUCACCAUGUUUGACGUCUCUGUGGGGAAGAAGAAGGUUCCGGUCGCCGGCUGUCGGGUUCAGAAAGGUCGACUGGACCGCCGCUUGAAGUUCAGACUGGUCCGUGGACGGGACGUAGUGUGGGAAGGUUCUUUGGCGGCGCUGAAGCACCACCGAGACGAGGUGCACUCGGUGAAGUCGGGGAUGGAAUGCGGCCUGUCAGCCGACGGAGACGUGGACUUCAGGACCGGCGACGUCAUUGUCUGCUUCGAGGAGCUGGACACUCAGCAGGUCACUUCCUGGGACCCCGGCUUCUAACCCCCGUUACCCACAAUCCUCUGCUGCCACCAGCGCAAAUGUGAUAAUUUAACGUAACAAUUUCUUUGUCUGGACAUAAAUGAUUCAACCCAAUUUUAUUUUGUACGGCCCACAAUUACGAAUUAGCCGCAAAGUGCUCCGUACCUGUGGAACAGCUGACCUUUGACCCCCGAACUAAUGUUGGAGUCUUACACAGAAAUUUGUCUUGAUCGUUGCGAUUCAAACAAGUGUCAAAUGCGGCAACAAGAAGAGACGAGGCAACAUGUCGUACUUUAGUGGGACAAAGUUCCAAACAACGGUUUCUGUUUCAAUCAUUUUAAUACACAUUUAAAAGAAACAAGUUACAUAAUAUUUAAAGAAAAAAGCUUGCUGCUCUGUGACAAACCCUCUGAAAAAUGAGGCGCAUGUUUAGUAAAAAUAAAAAGCUUUCACCAAA